GAGAAGGAGGAGGAAGAGGAGGAGGCAGCACAGGGAGCGAUAAUUCGUCGGUGACGUCCUGUAACUGGGAGGACCAGGUUAUGGUGAUGGUGGCCCACACUCUGCCCAGGGUGAAACCAAGGGAACAGGCAAACAACCCUCUCCGGCUCCGCCACAACCCCUUUCUGCUCAACACGGAGGAGGAUGAUGAUGAGGAGGAGGACGAAGACGAUAGUGAUAAUCUCAACGGUUACCUGGAAGAUUCCUCCUUCCAUCUCCAUGGCAAAGCCAACUCCGCCCUAGAUGAGGAGGGAGACGGGGUCGCGCCCUUUCACCUCCACGACCUGGGGUGCACCACACACGAGCCCUUCCUGUUGCACAGCACCCUGGGAAAGCACUCCUGGGGCUGCUCUGGGGGGCGGGACUCCCUCAGGGGUGUUGCCUCCGAUCUCUCUGCCCACCUGGAGGGCCUAGACCUGCUGGGAUUGGAUGGUCCUCGCCGCCAUGGCAGCAGUGGCUCCACCCUCUCCAUGGACUGCGGAGAGCAGGAGUGGGCCGAGGAUGAGGAGGAGGAGGAAGACGAUCACCCAAUGAGGGGUGGUGGGAGGAGCCAGGCUGACUCUUCUUCCUCCAGCUCCGCCCUCCAGCGCUGCUCCUGCUGCAGCCUCUCACAGACAUUUCACGAACACCUCCCGGAACAGUUUUCCGAGUCGUUGGAAUGCCAGCUGGGCUACGGCAGCGAAUCGUCCUGUAACAGCUCGCAUGGCAUGCUGGUCAACUUCAGUGCCAUUUAUAACAAGAUGAACAACAGUGUCCCUUCGACCUCCUCCAAGCCACCUCCUCCUGCCACGACCACCAACCUGAACAGUUCCACCGACCACUCCUGCACCUCCUCUGUCUGCACCUCUUCUGUGCUGGUUGGGGAGGCAGGGAGCCCAGGAGGCGCCGGAGGCAGGGGGGCUUUCUACCUAGACCUCCGCACUUCCCCCACCGAGCCCCCCAACUCUCAUCAACCCUCCUGCCCCUCCAAUAGCACCCUGCCGUUACUAUUUGGACUCCACCCCCACCACACCACCUCCUCAUGCACCUGCUCAGCCGAACACCAGGGGGCUCUAGAUCUAGACGCCAACUGCAAUUCUUACCACCCUCCCCACCACGCAGACUCAGGAAGUGACCUCACAUCCUGUCUGCAAAGCCAGGCCCGUCUGGUGGUAGCCACCCAGAACUACUACAAGCUGGUGACCUGUGACCUUUCAUCUCAGUCGCCCCCGAGCCCUGUGGGAAGCUCCGCAUCGUUUACCAGCUGCUCUGACGAGCACAGCAAGGAAAGUCCUGCCCCUGACACGCCCAAUGCCACCCAGCCAACCGAAUACUACCUGUUCAGACGGCCACCUGGGGGAGAGGAAGAGGAGGCGGGAGAGGAAGAGGAGGCGGGAGAGGAAGAGGAGGCAGGAGAGUUGUCACGGCGUGAUGAGGAUGAGGAAGAAGAUGAGGAAGAGGAGAGGUGGGAGAGGGAGCAGCAGAUGGGCGGAGCCUGUUCAGACCUCAUCAUCGAGGGCCAGGUGUACGUCAACAUCUCCCCUCCCGUGGUUGACCGAGGACCCAUCGGAGGCGGGACUCCCCGCCCCCGUUCCCGUAGCUACGACCGGAACCUGGACAAGUCCCCGCCCCCUCGGCUGGGCUCAUUGGAGCGCAUGCUGAGCUGCCCUGUCCAUCUCAGCGAAGGCGCCGCCCCCCUUGUCCCUCCCACUCCGCCACGGGUCACUUCCUUCGCAGAGAUCGCAAGGAGUAAGAGGAGAAACGGAGGAAGCACUGGCUCUCCUACUCUCAAGAUGGGGGGAUGUACAGAUCCCUUUUCCUCCACCCACUCGGCCCACUCCCACUCCUCAGCCGACUUCUCCCCCAUCCUGGAGGUCCUGGGUCAGGGUCCGAGCCACAGUCUACCCUUCCAGCACUACUACAGCCAGGGCAGCGUGGACCGCCACUCACCUGGUGGUGGCGCUAGAGGGACAAGCUCCACGGCGGACGGUGGUCUCUCCAGCUCUUUGUCCAACUCUGCUCUGGUCCGCUACACUAAAGACCAGCGUCCUACCACCCUCCCAAUCCAACCCUUCACCUUCCACCACAAGUUCUCCAAGCUGUCCCAGCCCAAGCCCCUUCUUCCCCUGCUGACGGGCUACGUUGCUGGGAUGCAGGCCCGGGGUGGAGGGCCUUCUGGAGGUCCGGAGGGGGCCGAUGCGGUCGAUGACGAACGAUGGGAAGACUCUAUGCAUCGAUGCCAUAGUGGUGGUACGAUGGGUGGGAUGGUGUCAGCGGUGGCUCCACUUGGUCCUGGCUCUGUCCGGCCCUCGCCGCUGGGUAGCUAUUCCCCCGUCCUCCUCCAGGGGGCGACCUCCAGCUCAGGGACCUGUUCUACCUGCACCCCCAGCCCCCAGACGCCUCGCAGCCUCUCCUGCCCCCAAUCGGCCGGGCUCCUGCCCCUCCACCAUACCCAUCCACCACCAGCACGACUGGCGGCUGCCCCUCUGCCCCCCACUCCUCCACCCCCGCCCAUGGAGGUGAAGCGGGAUGAGGUGCCCCCCAUGCUGCCUCCGGUCCAGGGCCAGUGUCGUCACCACCACCACCGUGGGACCCUGCCCGUCCUGUCGGCCGUGCCCCAGGACAGUGAGACUUCGCUGGGAGACGAGGAGACGUCAGACUCUGUGGAGGGGAGCAGAGGACCAGGGCCCAGGACACAACAUGGACACCACCUCUCUCCCCAGACUCUGAAAUGGAGGGAGUAUCGUCGUAGGAACCCGCUGGGGGUGGAGAGGUGUUCCUCUGGGGGGUCAGGCGUACCCCUCCUAUCAGGCAGUCUGGACGGGAAUGGUCAUAGGGGCGUGGCCAGGGGACAGCGAAUCACACGACGGAACGUGUUUGACUUCCCUCCGGCCUCUAGUGACCAUGCCCUGGGACGACUAAGUGGCCAGUCCUUGAAGCAGCUGCAGCAGUACUAUAGUGACUUCCUGCCAGACUACUUCUCCCUGACGGAGCGUCCUCCAGACGAGUUCUGUCUCUCUCCUGACGCCUCCUCUUCCUCAUCGUCCUCCUCUUCCUCACAAUCCCACGUCUCUGUGGACCUGCAGCAGAAGAGAGGUUUAGUCAAAGCCAUCAAUACAGCGGUAGAUUUAAUCGUGGCUCAUUUUGGCACCAGUCGGGACCCUGAUGUGAAGGCGAAGUUGGGUAACAGUUGGGUGAGUCCCAACGUGGGCCACCUGAUCCUGAAGUACCUGUGUCCGGCUCUAAGGGAGAUGCUGGGGGAUGGGCUGAAGGCCUACGUCCUGGACCUGAUCAUCGGACAGAGACGCAACCAGCCCUGGAGCCUGGUAGAGGCCUCCACACAACUAGGGCCAUCCACCUGUGUUGUCCACAGCCUGUUCUCCAAGGUGUCCCAGUACUCAGAGCUCACCAACCACAGCAUGAGACUCAACUCAUUCAUCUUGGGACUGCUCAACUUGCGAUCUUUGGAAUUUUGGUUCAAUCACCUCUACACUCAUGAAGACAUCGUAGUGGCUCACUACCAUCCGUGGGGUUUCCUGCCGUUGUCCCAGGGGCUGUGCAAGCCUCUCUUCGAAGAGCUCCUCCUCCUCCUACAGCCUCUGUCUCUGUUGCCCUUUGAUCUGGAUCUGCUCUUUGAGCCGCGAUUGGUCCAGAGGAGCCAGGAACACCUGAGAAGCAAGGAGCAGCUCUGCUCCAUCUUCGCCGGCCAGGGCCUGGACCGAUCAGCACGCUCCACCUUCCAACUCAUGAGGGGGUGGAGCACAGAGUCACGGAGGGCGGAGUCUAUGAGAGAAGGGGCGGAGGCUAAAAAGGAAGGAGGCGGGUCGGGGAAGAGAGAAAGGUUCGGGCUGAGACGAGAGGGGACGUGGCCUAGGAUGGAAGGGGUUGGAGAGAGAGGGAGGAGAGAGGGGAUGAUGCAGAGGACGGGGUCGAGGAGAGAGGGGGUGGGGAUGGAUAGUUUAAGGGCGGGGCUUGUAGAAGCACAGCCAAUGACAACUGAAGUAGGGACAGGGUUUGCAAACCUGUGGAGGGAGAGUGGGAGGGGGAAGGCCACAGGAAACAGAGCGAAGGGGGUGGGAGGAGAGGAGGAGGAGAGGAGGAAGGAGAGAGAGAGGGAUUGGGCGGAGGAGGGUCGUCAGCGGCAGGAGCGUGAUCGCCAGGCGGGCUGGUGGUACCAGCUCAUGCAGAGCUCCCAGGUCUACAUCGACCAAUCAGCUCAGGGUGGGUCAAAGUUCGUCAAGAGCGAGAAGAGGAAGAAGUCUGCGGAGAGGCGGAGCCAGAGUCAGCAACUGCUCCCCAGGAAGGGCGUGGUGGAAGGGGCAGAGUCUAGCCAGGAAGGGGAGGGUCUUAGGGAGAGAAACAGGAAGAGCAGCUCCAGCUCCAGUGGUGAGUGGACAGGGUCCAGGGGAAGAGGAAGGCCCUCCUGGAUGGGGAGUCCCCCAGAGUCAGUGCUAACCCAGGACAAGGAGAGGGAGAAGGAUCCAGGAACCACAAGGGCCCCAGGAGCCGCAGCGACCCAGCCAGUGGCCCAGGCUGAAGACCCCUCCCAGGGCCAGGGCAUGCGCUGGGGCAGGCUGUUUGGGUCCAACAUGGGUGGUGGUGGUACCCCCUCCAGGCCAGGCGGAGCAGAGCAUAGACCAGCCAAAAGCAAGAGGAGCAGGCUGCCGUCUGGCUGGCUGACAGGUCUGGACAUGUCCGUGCUGGACCUCGUAGCCCAGACGGUGGGGACGGGGACAGUGAAGAGGGUGGAGCCUUCAGCUCCUCCGGCCCCUCCCACUCUGAACCAACCCUCUCCACCUCCUCAGCUGCCACAGGAGAGCCAAACCAAACAGCCGUGUGAGGUGCGUGCCCUGUGCCACCACAUAGCCACGGAGCCUGACCAGCUGAGUUUCCAUAAAGGGGACGUACUGAGGGUCCUGAGCCGGGCCGACUCCGACUGGCUCCUCUGCUCCCUGGGGGCCCAGCGGGGCCUGGUGCCUUUCAUCUAUGUUACCCUGAGGGGCCUGGAGGACAGCCAGGCGCCCCAGGGGCCUCAGGGGCCACACUGACCUGACCGACUCAACUAGGGUUCCAAAAUUCUGGUUUUCCAGAAAUCCCAGUUGGGAGAUUCCUGGAAUCAGGAGGGAAUAAGCAGGAAAUCUGUAUAUCCUCCAACCAGGAUUGCUGAUAAACCUGGGGAUUUCGGGAAAGUUGCCGGAACUUUGCAACCCUAGACUGAACCCAGAGGCCACAGUAGAGGACGAGGGUGGAAGGUAGAAGGGAGAGCUGGAAAGGGGAAAAGGAUUCAGAGGGCUAAAUAUGGAUAUACAGCAUUCUAUACUACCAUGGAUACUCAUGGAGGAGAGACGUUGAUAUGACUGGUUUAAAGUGGAAUUAUUGUACUAUGGAGAGGAGUAUGAAACAGACGCAGACGCAAAACAUGCAUGAAUGUACAGACACACACAGGCAAGGAAGCAUGCACAAACACACAGACUUCCCUAUGCAUGCAUGUACACUAAACUCAUUCGAAGACAAAGACUACACAUGCACGUGCGUACACACACACACACCAAACUAUCUGAGGACCUUUUACAGAAACGAGACAAGGCUAGCUACAGACUGCCUUGGCCCCCAUCAUAUACUGUCUGCUAUCCCUAGCUGUGCUUUACUUUACCAUGCUACAGAGAAUACUCUAUCUAUCAUUCACCUAGCUGUGCCACUCUUUGAAUGUCAAUGCUACGCUAACGCUAAAUGCUAGUGCUAAUGCUAGUGCUAAUUGCUAAUGGAAGAUUUCAGAGACCGGUUAAAGGACUUGUCAUCCAAUGGAUCCACGCUGACAUGCUAUUCUCUAAGGUUAAUUCACCUAGAGAUCCCCUGCCUUGUAGUAGGAUGUAAGUAUGAAAAGUCGUUUUUUUAUAAAACAGAAAAGGAAAAACACCAAAAUGUACAACACAUUUUUAGUGUGAUAUAUCUCUGGGUAUGAGUUCUGACAGCUGUCGACAAUCUGGACAUCUCUCUGUGUGGAGUAAAUACAAAUGGAUGACCGUUUUAAACUUGCUUCUUCGAUUCAUCAUCAUCUGCAGAUUCCUGAUUUUUAUCAUCUCGUUAACACAGUGGGCGCGUUCCACUGCCCAGGAGUUGCUGACGCAUGCCAGAUCUUACAAUGCUUGGAUAGGUAUUUUACCUAUCAGCUAACCACAUCAUAUGUAUGUUAUAGCAAUCUGUCAGUCGAUUAAAUAGUAGAGUACGUUGCACGCAACCAUUGGUCUGAGCAGGGGAACACUACCAAUGAUUUUGGAUGGACUGUCAAACCUGACUCUGAUUGGACAAGCCCAAGAACAUCCUCUGGCUCCUCCCUUCACUUCCUGUUGUUUUGAUGGAUGGGAUGAACUGACCUAACACUGUAAGUGUCAGGAAAGAAAAGGGCAGAGCCGGGCCUAGUGCAUGUAACCUAGCAACAGACGGACAACGUUUUGUGUCUUUUUACAGUUUCUUCACCCCUGUUCUGACCCCAAAACCCUAGCUCCUCCCACCUGCCCCGCCUCUCUUCCCCUUAACCAAUACAACUGCACAGCUUUAGGAGAAGCUUACGGUACCAACGGGUACAGACAAAACCAAGUGGUUCAAGAGGCUAUGAUAAGUUUUCAACUAUAUGUGUCUAUAUAUCUAUCCAUGCAUACUGUAAAUGCAUAUACUUACACACAUUUAUUUAUUGAUUAAUGAUGAUAUAAUGUAUUAUUGUUGAGGAAAACCGUGUGAAAGGCAGCAGAGGUGGAUAAAGAAAGAAGGAUAUCCAAUGAAAGCAACACAUGGCUUUGGAGGUCUGUUUAGCUGCUUUGGUGUUCUAUACUGAAUCUGUUGGUUGGACGGCUGUAUAAUCAUCAUUGCCACCCCCACCCCACACAAAACUCCCUAUUGUAAAAUCUCCAAAUGGGUCUUCUAAAGAGAAAAAUAAUGUUUUAACGUGUAAAAAAUACUUCAAAUUAUUCUGAUUUGGUAGUAUGUCAUGAGAAAGAGAGUCAUGUUUCUCGGGUUGAGAAAGAACCACAGAGAGAGCUACUGUGUUGGAGGUGUCUAGGUUUUGACCUGUGGUCCCUACAUGAUGUUUUAUAUAUGUGACGGUGCGUCCAAUCAGCCACUUUCCCUAGGUUUCAGUCGGGAAAAAUAGUAUAUAUUUUUUAGGGUGGGAGUCAUCUUAAAAUAAAUGUUGGUGGCUUUGUAGGCAUUUGUUGGUUUCAGAUGUUUCAGAUGUGGCCUUAGGUUCAGAUUGAGCUGUACAGUAAACUAGAGCUGGCAAAGAGUUAGGGAUUAGGUUUAAACCCUAUAUUAUGUCAAAACCUUGUUUUGUAGAUUAGGGUUUGGUAGAGCCAAAAUAAUCUACAAUUAAAUGAUGUAAAGUAAUUCAAAAAUAUAUAUAUGGGUUAGCAAAACAUAAAAAUUGCCAUGACGAAUUCACACUGGACAAGAGUUAGCCCUAGAUUCAAUCAGACCAAGAGUUAAUUUAGCUUGUAGAUGAAGUUGUAUUAUUGUUCUUAAAAAAAAAAAAAAAAAUGUUUUCAAAUGUAUUUAGUGCUUCCAGUAUUCUCUUUUUUUGUACAGUUGUUUUAUUUUUUAAAUAUAAUUUCUGUCAAUUCCUUUGGAUUCUGCAUAAAUUAUUUUAAUAUUUUGUUAGCUCUGAUUGUAAAUAUAUUUAAUUUCUCCAAUAAUUAUUUUUUUUAAUAUAGAAAGACUAUGAAGUAUGGAUAUGUACAGAACCUUUGGAACACAUUCCUAGUAUUGAGUUGCACCCCCUUUUGUCCUCAGAACAGCCUCCAUUUGUCGGAGCAUGGACUCUACAAGGUGUUGAAAG